GCAUCCGGGAACUAGCACCGUUCACAUCCCGCCUGCACUAUGGGAGAACGUGCAAUGAUGUUUCAUUCAACGCGGGAACAACUAAAUAUCUUGGGAUGGAGAGCAGCUGCAAGUAUUGCUUGGUCUGUGCUACUGCUACCUCUCUGUGUUGCAGUUUUCAUCAGCAUUAGUAGUAUAGACUUCUUCCACCCAGUACAAUGGAUCACAAGUUCAUUUAAUGAUUUGUAUACCUCCUGUGUUAUCUUUUGCAUACUACUGAUGUCUGUGGUGAUUCUGGUAAUAAAUAUCUUCAACGUUGAAUUUCAUGCAGUGGUGCCUUCGAUUCCCUGCUCUCGAUUAGCACUGAUCAGCAAGAUCAUCCACCCCCAGCAAGUGAUCCAUUCGGUGGCCCAUGCUGUCAUGGGGAUGCUGGUGGCUUGGUGCGCUGCAGUUAUGACGAAGGGGAAGUUCCUGUUUUUAUCUGUACCCUGCACAGCUCCAGAAAGUCCAGCUGAACACAUGUGCCUGAAUGAGUACCACCUCUUUCUCUUGCUCCUUGGAGCCUUUAUGGGUUACAGCUAUAGCCUCCGGUAUCUUGUGAACAAUUUGAACUACCUUCCAUUCCCAAUCAUACAACAAUACAAGUAUCUGCGCUUCAGAAGAGCACUUCCGCUUCUGGCAAAGCAUGGUUGUGUGGAGUCACUUUAUAUGGUUAGGAACUUCUGUGCUGCUUACUACUUCUUUGGUUAUAUUCCAAGGGCAUGGAUAAUUACCACAAUGAACCUUGACACUGAUAGUACACUUCCUCUUCUAGACACAGUGGCUGGUCUUCUGGAUUUGUCCCUUCUGUACCACAGCUGGUUAUGUGGUCUGUUUCUUCUGAUGACUUGGUACAUUGCAUGGCUACUCUUCAGAAUCUUUUCUACUGAGGCACAUCACUUUCCUGUCCAGCCAACUUUUGCAGAAGAAGCAGACCAGUGUUUACCAAAAGUCUUAAACAGCAACCCUCCACCUCUUUUAAAGUUCUUGGCUUUACAGGACCUGAUGUUUCUUUCCCAGUAUUCUUCUGUGCGACGUCAAGAGGUCUUCAGCCUUAGCCAACCAGGUGGACAUCCUCACAACUGGACUUCAAUUUCCAGGGAGUGCUUGAAUCUUCUAAGUGAUCUAACCCAGAAGCUGAUAAUUCACCAGGAGGCUGCAGCUGCAAAUGGAAGAUUGAAACAGACACCCAUGGGGGACUUAAGGCAACCCUCCAGCUCUCUAGGACCAGCUGCUGAAGAGAGUUCAUUUCAGACUCCAAGGUCCAACAUCCUUCCUCGAGCCCAGAUGCCAUCUCUGGUUAAAUCGUCUUUGUUGUCUUUAAAAACACCGCCUUCAUCUGAUCUUGGAAGCAAUUUAGGGUCACCUUUCAAUCCUUCUCCUCUGAGUAGUCGCAAGCCUGGAAUGCUGGACUUAAACUCACCUUGGCAUGGAUCUGUCCAAAGUCCUCAUAUUAUGAGAAGAGGGACAAAGCUGUGGACGUCCAGUUCUGAUUUGCAGUGGACAGGCUCUCCUCAUGAAUCCCGUCCAAUGAUUGCUGUUGCAAAAGGUGCCAACGAAGCCGUGCAACCAGGUUCUGUCUCUAUAUGGCUGCAGAGCAAGAAAGAGCAGAUCAAAACUUUCUUAUCAAAACGAGUACUGAUUAUGUAUUUUUUCAGCAAGCACCCUGAGGCAUCAAUCCAGGCUCUCUUUUCUGAUACCCAAAUGCACAUUUGGGCUUUGGAAGGUUUAUCACAUCUCGUAGCAGCCUCAUUUACUGAAGAUAGAUAUGGAGUUGUCCAAACAACACUGCCAGCUAUACUUAAUACAUUGCUAACACUUCAAGAGGUGGUAGAUAAGCACUUCAAGCUUCCUCAUGUUUCCAGCAAACCGCCCAGGAUUUCAGGGAACCUGGCAGAUACUUCCUACAAAACCCUUCGGUUUGCUUUGAGAGCAUCACUGAAAACUGCAAUCUAUCGGAUAACCACCACUUUUGGAGAACACUUAAAUGCAGUGCAAGUAUCUUCAGAACAUAAGAAAAGGCUCCAGCUGUUCCUGGAGUUCAAGGAAUAGUGAAGUCAAACUGCCCACGGUGUUGGAGAUGGAUAGUACGUGUUCAGCAGCCUCGUAUUAAAAGAAAGCGAAACUACUUUGAUCUAUCUUACUGGUUUCUCAAAAGUGUACUCUAAUUGCAAGCCAUGGGGUGACUAAACUGCCAGGAGAAGUUCCUGAAACACUUGGACUACUUUACUUGGACAUUUUGUAUAAUAAAGUGAUUUUUUAGCUAAAUAUGCUCUGCAGUAGUUGAAUGCUGUUUGUGAUUUA